AUGGCGAUGCUCUACGAAGACGAGUUUGUGCGCCUUGGGCAGUUCACGCUGUUUAUCAAGAACUACCAGUUCCCGACGAAGAAAAGCAAAGCGAUAGCUUUGGAAGCCAUAAACACACUUUGGUUUGAGGUGAUACUUCCUUUCAUUUUCACAAAAACAAAAAAAUUUCAGGAACAGGAGACCUGUACAAAAGUAGCCACUAAGACGUGGGGCAAAUCUUCAGCCGGGAUAUUCUGGGCUCUAGACGUCAAAAGGUUUUUUUUUUUUGCGUAACUUGAGAAUUCAACGUCUUUGAAGCAUAGAACAAUGCAAAGAGAUUUUGGCAACUUGAGAAACUAUUUCAAAAAUGAUAAUCGACAGGCCGGCGCGGAAUGAGCUAGAUAAAUUUUUAAUGGUAAAAUUAAUCUUAUUUCAUAUUCGAAAACCCUUACAAAUUUUUUUGAGACCGUGGAACCGAAAAUAACCUAAUCUUUACAAAAAAUGUUUUAAAAAUUAGCUCAUACUCAUGCGAGAAGUUAGAUAUGUAUCCAAACUCACUAUUUGUUCACGACAAUUCAUCGAAAACUGUUCAUCCCUCUCAAAUUUCCCAGCUUUAGCUUUUGAAGUAGUUAGAAGGUGUUCCAUGGCGUCGUCUGUGGCAAACUAUUGAAGCUAAGCGCAUAUCGUGAAACAUCAACCCUGAAAUUUAAAAUUUGUUUGGAGAAAACCAUUUCUAGGCCUUUAAACAUGCGUGGCCUAAAACUUAUUUCACAUGAACAAUUCUAUCAAGUUUAGAACAUUGGAUAUAUGAAACUUUGAAUCACAGACUGAAUAAGAAAGUGACCAUACUUAAAAUACGAAGUUUCAGAAAAAAAGGAAGAAGAUAUUGUUUGGUUUUUUUGACGAGUAUGAAAAAAAUUAAAUCAAAAAGGUCACCGUUGAUAUAAACUACAAAACAGUCUCUUUAAAAUUUAAGAACUCAGCAUUGACGCAAAUAAGACAAAUAAUAUAUAAAAAAAUAUUUUUUUAUUUUUUUCAUAAUUAUGGCUUAAAACUUUUUAUCGACUUUGAUUAUAUAAUAAGCGAAUGCCGUAGAAUUGUGUGUUUUUUGUGCAAAUGUGUAUACGUAUUCCAGCGAUACCGUGACUUCCAUUAAUGCGCUAGCCUCCCACAAUGAAGCGGGUGCAUCCGCUGUCGAAAUGCGGGCGGUUUUCGCGUACAUCUGCCAGUGCACCCCUGGGUACACCCCCGUUCACAAUCUCGGCCGGCGAUUCCACCCGCUUUUUCUUAGUUUCAACGGCGCUUACACCUGCUUUUAAUGAAAUGAGAACUUUUUUUAAAUUCACAGACUAAGCCUGAAUGAAUAGCCUUCGCUAUUAUUGGAGAGCGGUCUUCACGAAAUUCUACGGUGAUAUUGUACAACAUCUCCUCUUGCUUCUUCUUUUUGUAUAUUUUUCCCUCUGAACCAAUCCAAAAAUAAACCAAGAAGGCAAUAUGCAUCACUAAACGCGUUGUUUUUGAGCGUGGAUUAUCCUAUGAGAAGCUCGGGAAUCCCUUUAAUUUGGCCGCUUUAAACGUGAAGAACUACAGAUGCCUUCCGGCCUCGCCUCGCCUCGGUGGAAAGUGGAACAUCGUACUGGACGUGGGCGCCAAGAUGAGAGUCGGCUUCUCGGUGGUCAACGGUGACGACUUCAUGGACGCGAUGCGAACUCUUCUCGACUACCACGUCGUCAUCGUCAACUACAUCAACCUGCCCUGA